CAAUUCUGCUGAGAAUUGAAUUUCGUUGAUUCUUUCACUAUCGGCAAAUAUCUCUGCCAUCCUUUCCUAAUUUUACAUUCUGUUUAGUCAUAAAUCGUGCACUAAAAUCAUAUCCAAUGGCUGACAGAGAUACAGAUGAGUUAAAUAUCGACAACGUAAUAAAAAAAUUGUUAAAAGUACGGGGCGAAAAGCCUGGUAUGAAUGUACAGUUGACCGAAAUAGAGAUUAAAGGGCUUUGCUUGAAAUCACGAGAAAUAUUUCUGUCACAACCGAUAUUACUUGAAUUAGAAGCCCCACUAAAAAUUUGCGGUGACAUCCACGGACAGUACUAUGACCUGCUACGGUUGUUUGAAUAUGGAGGUUUCCCACCGGAGUCAAAUUACCUGUUCCUCGGAGACUACGUGGACCGCGGCAAGCAGUCGCUGGAGACCAUCUGUCUGCUGCUAGCGUACAAGAUCAAGUACCCUGAAAACUUCUUCCUCCUCCGUGGCAACCAUGAGUGUGCUAGUAUUAAUAGGAUUUACGGAUUCUACGACGAGUGCAAAAGAAGGUAUAACAUCAAGUUAUGGAAAACAUUCACAGACUGCUUCAACUGCCUACCCGUGGCGGCGAUAGUGGACGAGAAGAUCUUCUGCUGCCACGGCGGUCUCUCCCCCGACCUGCAGGCCAUGGAGCAGAUCCGGCGCAUCAUGCGGCCGACCGACGUGCCGGACCAGGGGCUGCUGUGCGACCUGCUGUGGUCCGACCCCGACAAGGACACGGCCGGCUGGGGCGAGAACGACCGCGGUGUGAGCUUCACGUUUGGGACUGAGGUGGUGGGCAAGUUCCUGUCGAAGCACGAGUUCGACCUGAUCUGCCGCGCGCACCAGGUGGUCGAGGACGGGUACGAGUUCUUCGCCAAGCGGCAGCUCGUCACGCUGUUCUCGGCGCCCAACUACUGCGGCGAGUUCGACAACGCAGGCGCGCUGAUGUCGGUGGACGAGACGCUGAUGUGCUCGUUCCAGAUCCUGAAGCCGGCGGACAAGCGCAAGCUGUACUCGGGGCUCAACAUGGGCCGCCCCAACACGCCGCCGCGCGCGCAGCCCAAGAACAAGAAGAAUUAAUCGCCCGGCGUGGAUGCGGCCGCGAGCUCCUUCAGUUGUCUCCUUUACCCGAGAACCUCUACUGCCGUCUGCUUAUAGCGUUUUAGGGCCGCCGCGUGGACUUAGGCCUUCUGAUGAGGGCCUUUCUAAACCUGUUAUACCAAGAUACCUGUCUAAAGUCGUUAGAAUUGUAUGAAAUAUGUUGUAGAUGGCGCCACUGCUUGCUAAACUAACAAAAACUUGUAGUUAACAUGAAAUGCCAAUGUGGAAAGAAUACUCAAAGAUUUAAUAUUUCAGUGGCAUACGAUACGCGACAAAAUUGGCUAACUACAGAACUAAAAUGCUAUAAGAGACGGUAGUAGGGAAGGUUUAAAGGUUAUUUCUCUGUAUUUAGCAUUAUCAGUUGUAGCCCUUGAGUUGUAUUUGUGAGCUGAAUCUAUGUCCAUUCCCUAUAACGCUUUCAGAGUGAAAACAUACGAUGCGGUAUGUAG